AUGGCUUCCUCAACAGCAAGGCGCACACUGCUGCUCUGCGUCAAUGAUAUCAAGACUGCGAGCUCCCCAAAUCCUCACGUCAACAACUUGCUUCCCCGCAGAACUCUACACCAGCGCCAAUCAAGAGUUCGACCAUGGCUCGCCUCGCAACACCAGCAACACAAUAUUCGAUACUUUUCACAUUCACGGCUGAGACAGCGCGAGGCAGCCCCGUCUCCCAAGCUCGCAAACGAUGACCAGCCCGUCAUCGACCGCACCCGGUCGAAGCUGUUCAAAGACGCCGACGAGGCUGUCGCGGACAUCAAGUCCGGCUCCACGAUCUUCAGUGCCGGGUUUGGCCUCUGCGGCACGGCCGAGACGCUCAUCACGGCCCUGCACAAGCGUGGGCCGGAUUCGCUGAACAACCUCACUGCGGUGUCCAACAAUGCUGGCGCAGCCGGCGAGGGCGGGUUGUCGCCGCUGACCCAGUCGGGCCAGAUCACGCGCUGCAUCCUCUCGUAUCUGGGCAACAACAAGAAACUCGAACAGAAGUACCUGAACGGCAACAUUGCGAUUGAACUAUGUCCGCAAGGAACGUUGGCGGAGCGCAUCCGCGCCGGCGGCAGUGGGAUUCCGGCCUUCUUUACCCCGACGGGUGUUCACACAUUCAUCCAGACGGGCGAGAUCCCGACACGAUUGGGCCCGGCAGACCCGGCGACGAAGAAAUCCGUGGUGCUUGAACCAGGCAAGGCGCGCGAGACGAGGAUCUUCAACGGCAGAACCUACGUCAUGGAGACGGCCCUGACGGGCGAUGUUGCUAUCAUCCGGGCAUGGAAGGUCGACGAGGCAGGAAACUGUCAGUUCAGAUACACAACCAAAGCGUUCGGCCCCAUCAUGGCCAAAGCCGCGCGCCUGACGAUCGUCGAGGCCGAGAACAUCGUGCCCACCGGCUCGAUCGACCCCAACGACGUGCACCUGCCAGGCAUCUUCGUCGACCGGAUCGUCCCCGCCACGGUCGAAAAGAAGCUCGAGAUCAAGAAGACGCGCCCCACUUCGGGCACAGAAGCCAAACCGGAGGGAUCUGGUGGUGACAAAUCCGACGCCCUCGUGCGCCGCGACCGCAUCGCCCGCCGCGCCGCCAAGGAACUCAAACACGGCAUGUACGUCAAUCUGGGCGUGGGGAUGCCGACGCUGGCGCCCAGUUUCUUGCCGGAGGACGUCAAGGUGUGGAUCCAGAGCGAGAACGGCAUCCUCGGCAUGGGCGCGUACCCGACGGAAGACGAAGUCGACCCAGACAUCAUCAAUGCGGGCAAAGAGACCGUGACCCUCGUGCCCGGCGCGGCCACGUUCGACAGCUCAGAAAGCUUCGGCAUGAUUCGCGGCGGACACGUCGACGUCUCGAUCCUGGGUGCUCUGCAGGUCAGCGCGGCGGGCGAUCUCGCCAACUACAUGAUCCCCGGCAAAGUGUUCAAGGGGAUGGGCGGCGCCAUGGACCUGGUCUCCAACCCUGGGCAGACCAAGAUCGUGGUCACGACGGAUCAUGUCGACAAGUAUGGCGCGCCCAAGAUCGUCGAGGUGUGUUCGUUGCCCUUGACGGGGGCGCGGGUCGUCAGUACGAUCAUCACGGAUCUGUGUGUCUUCCAGGUCGACCGUGAGAAGGGGACGUUGACGCUGACGGAGUUGGCUGAUGGCGUUACUGUGGAUGAGGUCAAGGGGAAGACGGGAGCCAAGUUUGCCGUUGCUGAGGAGCUGGGGUCGAUGGAGUGA